AUCACUAUCGUUUUGUUUCCUUCCUCUGUCCCUUUAUUUUGUGUACGUCCAAUGGAUGAGGCCCAUGUGUGCAACUUCAGCAGCCCUCAAAAGUCAAAACACUUGACAUUGCUGGACAUUUGUCACCUCACCUCACACCACUUUCUAGAAACCUCCCUCCGUCUGUCUCUUUAUCUCUCUCUCUCUCUCUCUCUCUGAAACCCAUUUUUGGAGCUACUAUUCUAGCUAUUCAAAAACCAGAUUCUGUGUCUAGGGUUUCAUGCAACUUAAGAGUACAGAAGCUCCAGCUCUGCUAAGCUGUUGAUGAUAGGGCACUCGGAGUAACACAUUAGAGAUAUAAACUAAUCUUGUCAUGGAUCAGACGGAACAAACACAGCAGCAGCAGCAGCAGCAGCAAGUAGUCGGGGUUGUGGCUGGCACCAACCAAAUGGCAUAUGCCCCUCCAUUUCCAACUGCUCCUGUAGUUGCUACUGGCACUCCUGCUGUACCCAUACCUUCCCCGACUCAGGCACCCAGUACUUUCCCUGGCUCUCCUCAUCAGCUUGCAUACCAACAAGCCCAACACUUCCAUCACCAACAGCAUCAGCAGCAGCAGCAACAGCUUCAAAUGUUCUGGGCAGGUCAGAUGCAAGAAAUUGAGCAAACUCAGGACUUCAAGAAUCACAGCCUUCCCCUUGCCCGAAUCAAGAAAAUAAUGAAAGCGGAUGAAGAUGUACGAAUGAUUUCUGCUGAGGCUCCAGUCGUAUUUGCAAAAGCUUGUGAGAUGUUUAUCUUGGAGCUGACUUUGCGUUCUUGGAUUCACACAGAAGAAAACAAACGGAGGACACCAAAGAAUGAUAUAGCAGCUGCUAUCUCCAGGACAGAUGUGUUUGAUUUCUUGGUUGACAUAAUUCCAAGAGAUGAGUUAAAGGAGGAAGGCCUAGGAGUUACUAAGGCUACCAUUCCUGUGGUUGGCUCUCCAGCUGAUAUUCCAUAUUAUUAUGUCCCACCACAACACCCCAUGGGACAUCCAAGUACGAUCAUGGGAAAGCCUGCUGAUCAAGCAGCACUUUAUGCUGCCCAGCAGCCUCAACCGCCGGUUUCUUUCAUGCCCUGGCCGCAUGCUCAAUCUCAGCAAACCCAAGAUGAUCAGCAAACGAAUUCUUGAUUUGGGGUCAUGCAAAUUCUAGUGCAGCUUCUUAGUAUUAAUGGAGUUCCUUUGCAUGUAAUUGAGAGGUAGCAAUUGUCUCGGAUUGUAGAGUAUUGAAAUUUGAUGCGAUUGUAACUUGUUUGGGCUUUGUAAUGGCAUCUACAUUAAUAUCUUUUGCAUUAGGUUGUUUUAAGUGCACACUAGUGCUUGCUUC